GUUUGGGUGAAACGCGGCUGCAGCUGCAGCACUCGGGGAUCACCAGUGGCAGGGACAGCCCAUCCUGGAUGUCCCAGCCCUUCCCUCGGCCAGGCACAGCGAGGCGCUGACCCAGAGCAGGAAAAGAGACGAUUCCAAGCCCCUGAGGGAGGAUGUGGGCUUACACCGUGGGCUUCACCGUCCUGCCCCACGUGGGAGGGUUCCUUGGCUGGUUCCUGAACAGGAAGGAGAUCCCAGCGUGGUACGAGAAGCUGAAAAAGCCUUCGUGGUGCCCGUCCCGCAGAGUGUUCCCUGUGGCCUGGACCAUGCUGUACACGGGCAUGGGCUACGCUCCCUACCUGGUGUGGAGCGACCUGGGGGGCUGCAGCAGCAAGGCCAUCGUGCCCAUGGGGCUCUACGCUCAGCUGCUGCUCAACUGGGCAUGGCCACCCUUGUUCUUCGGUGCCCACAACCUCAACAUGGCUGUGGUCGAUGUGCUGUGCCUGGACGGGCUGGCCCUGGGCACCUUCUGCUCCUGGUACCGCAUCAACCGGCUGGCAGCGCUGCUGCUGCUGCCCUACCUGGGCUGGCUGGCCAUGGCCACCUGCCUCACCAUCCGCGUCUGGAAGGACAACCCCCAGCUGGAACCGGGCAAGAGCGACUGA